CCUGACUCCCCCACGACCGCCACCACCAUGUCCACCACCUUGGACGUCUGUCUCUCACAGGUCUUCUACCACUACCGCGACCGGACACGCGGGGAUGUACAGACAGUCAUGCGCACAUACCCGGGUCUUUCUCCCGAGGUAGCCACAUACACAUCCAACACUGGCGCAGAGGAGACACUGCUUGCACUGACGGGUACAAUUCCAAUCACAUACGCCGGAAACACGUACAACAUCCCGGUCAAGAUCUGGUUGCCGUCGGUCUAUCCGUCGGAGCGGCCAAUCGCGUUUGUUACUCCGACGACAACCAUGUACAUCAAGCCCGGGCAUGACCACGUGGACCUCUCGGGCCGGUGCUACCUGCCGUACUUGACGUCAUGGACAGGGACCAACUCGUCGCUCAUCGGUCUUGUGGCUGCCAUGUGCUCGGCGUUUUCGGCCUGCCCGCCGGUGGCCUCGGGCCCGCCACCGACCGCGACGCCGGUCAUGGCAUCGCCGCCGGCAUGGGGCGCGGCGCCGGGCUACACGACACAGUCGAGCUCGUCGACAAGAGCCGCGCCGGCGUACACCGACACAUCGCCGCCGGGCUACACACCAGCACAGGAUCCGGUUGUGAUGGUUCGCAAGCAGCUGGCUAAGGAGCUGACCGAAAAGACACAGGCCUCGCUCCGCGAGUUCUUCCCGCAAGCCACCGCCGAGGUUGACUCGCUGUACGAGAUCCAGCGGAAGCGAACCCGCGAGGCCGCCAUGUACAAGCACGAAACCGCCAGGUUUGAGAGUGAGCGCGACCACCUGGCGGCGGAGCAGGAGCAGCUGAUGGUCGAGUCCGCAAAGAUUGAGUCGUGGGUCGAGGCCAACCAACGCGACGACCGCGACGUUGACAUCGACGAGAUGACCAAGCCCAAGGGAGUCCUCAACCGCCAGCUCCUUGACGCCAUGGCCAAGGAUCGCGCCAUUGACGACCUCUUGUACGCGCUCUCGCGCGCGCUCAAUGACGGUGUCAUUCUCCUCGCCGUCUACCUCAAGCAGGUCCGCAAGCUCUCCCGUGACCAGUUCCUCGCCCGUGCUCUUGCCGAGCGCAUCAAGGCCAAGAUCAACACCGGCAUCUACCAUGCCUAGCUCACCAUCCCCUCCUUGCGCACUACAUGUGCUUCCCAUGUAAAAGCAGUGCAAUUCCGAGCAACA